ACUUGCACAGCAGUGAGAGACGCGUGAUUUCACUGGAACUGUAUUUCACAAGGAAAAUGGAUCCAUCAGGUGACCUAGAUGAGGACGAUGACCUUCUUGAUGCUGCAAUCCAACUGAGCAUUGAAGAGUCAUGUAAAGACAUCGCCUCUCUCGGAAGUGUGGAACAUCAAAAGAUCUUGGAUGCAAUAUUCCGAGGUGACCUCUUUGCUCUGCAGGAGCUGUCAGACUAUCCUGCCGCAUUCACUGAGGUGGAUAGCAAGGGGUGGUACCCAAUUCAUAGAGCUGCUGUCCAGCAAUUUGUGCAGGUGCUGGAGAUGGUCCUUUAUGGUUCUUACAGGUUGAGUUUAGAGGAGGAAACCGCAGAUGGAGAGACGCCAAUGAUUUUGGCGACUCAAGCUGGGCUGGUGGAGAUUGUUAGGACCCUGCUUGAGCACGGAGCUUCACCCAACAGAAUAAACAGCAAAAAUGAAUCCCCUUUAUUACUGGCUGUAAGAACAGACUCAUUUGAAAUCGCCUUUACACUUAUAUCACGGGGGGCAUCUGUGAACCAAGCCUGCCCUAAAAAGUGGACUGCCGUUCAUGAGGCGGCCAAGGUGGGCUGCACUGACAUUCUUACGCUGCUGCUGCAACAUGGAGGGAACGUCUCGGAGACAGAUGAGCAUGGAGUGACGCCCAUGGGGAUUGCGGCAGAGUACGGACAAGCAGAGGCGCAGGACAUCCUUAUUCACUAUGGUGGCGAUGUAAAUGCUCAGGCGCCAAAUGGAGACAGUGUGCUAUAUGAUGCUGCUGGCUCUGGCAAUCCUGACUGCAUUGAACUUUUACUUCAACAUGGAGCUGAUCCCAACAUCGCUAAUCUUUCCUUACAGCUUCCCAUCCACUGUGCAGCGUACAAAGGGCAUUACCUCGCCUUAAGAAUGUUAAUCCCAGUAACCACAAGGAGAGCCCUCCGUCUCUCAGGCCAGAGCCCAAUUCAUGCAGCUGCAGAUGGAGGCUAUGUCCGAUGCAUGGAACUCCUGGUGGACAGAGGUUUCGACGUCAACGCUCUUCUAGACACGCAUGUUUCUGAGAAGUAUGGAGAUAUGCGAAAGACCGCUUUGUACUUUGCGGUCUCCAAUGGAGAUGUGACCGGCACCCAGUUGCUGUUAAAUGCAGGAGCCAAAACGGACCUGGAUCCCCUGCACUGCCUCCUAGUGGCGGUGAGAGCUGGGAGGUAUGAGAUUGUCAGGAUUCUCCUGGCCAGCCAAGCAGAUGUGAACUGCUACUUCACAGAGGUCAACGACACAGAGUUUCCCACUGCCUUACAAUACUGCCUGAGGGAUGAGAUGAUGAUGCGACUGCUGUUAAACAGUGGUUAUGAUGCAGAAAAAUGCUUCUGUUGUCCUCAUGACUCAACAUGGGGUCGCUCCUCAGAACAUACCAGUGAGAAGGUUCCAUUUUGUGAUUUCAUCAGCGUCUCUUGGCUAGUGCAGUUCCCUGGAAGAGCUGUGCGGGUUCUCCUCGACUAUGUCAAUCAUGUUCUCAUCUGCUCCAAGCUGAAAAUGGUUCUAAAGAGGCAUAAAGAGUGGGCUGAAAUUUCAGAAAUAUUAGGGAAUCCUCGUUCACUGCAACACCAAUGCAGACUUGCCAUCAGGAGAGAGAUGACUCCACUAAGGUUGGGUGACCCAAAGUUCAUUAACUCAGGUCCUUUCCCACCAGGACUGAAAAGCUACUUGAUGUACAAAGAAUAUGAUUUGUAUGGACGAAUCAUGUAUCAGGAGUGAUGGUCUCUCAGGGUAAAAGUUAAGGAGAAAGCACUUUGAGUUUUAUUCAAAUUAACAUGAGGUUGACAUGACCAGAGGUUUCGCUAGUUGUCCGUCAUGAGUUCAAAACACUUAAAAAUGUGAAUGUUAAGUGUUUUUAACACUUCACAUUGAACACUACAAUGUGAAUUUUGCAUCACUUCCAAAGGACUUUGGCUCCAAAGCAAUGUCUUGGUGCUAUUUGUGCAAUAAAAUAAUGUUCUAUCUGACAAAAACAUGUUUUUAUCAGAUAAAAAUAAAAAGGUUGAUGCCUGUUCUAUGAAGUCAGACUGCUUUCCACUCAGUACCACCUACUAGUGUACAAUCAAGAUGUUCCAUUUGUUUUCAUUUUAACUUUUAAUA